UCAUAUUGCUAUGAAGAUGACGGAGGAAAGUGUGAGAGUGGAAGCUGUAUCCAUCAUGAAUGUGAUACUUCUAAGAAGUAAUGCUUACAUUGAUAGGGAGCGGUUCGGACAGAAAAUGGCAUUUGACACCAUUUCACAGUUGCUUAAAAGGGAUGUUGGGUUACGUGUGAAACAGCAUGCCCUGAGACUUUUGUACCUACUUUUAAAUUGUCCAAAACUACUGGUUACUUUCUGUUGUGGUUGCAAAGAGGGAGAGUGCGCUAGUGCCAUGGAUGACAAUACAUCUACCUCAGGUUCCCCAAAAUUCAAUAUCAUUCUUCAAGGUUUGGCAGAUUGUGUUGCAUCCCAUGGAAGUGGAUUACAGGUGUUGAAACUACGCCGAAAUGCUAUUCUUGUGCUGGCAUUCCUUGCAUCGUCUGGAAAAGCUGGCUUUGACAUUCUUGUCGGUCAUCGGCUCUCCAGAGGAACAAACUAUCUGUUGCUGAUUUUGCAAGUACUGGCAUCACAGGUUGAUCAAGAAGCUAAAGCUGUUGAGGAGCUGCCAGAGAUUUUCAGGGAGAGGACAUUUCUGAUGCGGGAGAUACUAAUAUUGCUCAACAGGCUAGUGUCCAGUCCUUCAUACUCUGCCACCGUCUUGCAAGUUUUAACAAGGACCAGAGAUAUGGCCAGCUUAACAAUUGAUGUUGCAAACAGAUUGUCCUGGAAAUGUAGGACAAUGAAGGGACAUAACAGCAUGGUAAAUCAUACAAGAGAAACCGAAAUCGUUGAUCUGGGCCGUGUCUUUAAGAAAAGGGUAUUCACAUAUUUAGGGGAUGACUUCUAGUAGUGUUUCUCCCCUGAUAAUUUUGUAUCCAUAUUAUAUGGACCUGCGAUAAGAGCGGUGCAGAGCGGUUUGGCUAACUGGGCACUAUAAUUUUUGAUGGAUUAGCAGAUAACAUGUAGUUGCAAUCUGCAAUGUGCCCUAUAGAAAAUUUUGACUAGUCAAUGUUCAUAAUUUGGUCGUCCGCAGUGGUAUCUUUACGUGAAUGAAAGAAUUCUUGUCUGAGCUUA